CUCUACAAACCCAAUCAAAAUCAGUCAAAAUUGUCAGCAUCAACAAUUCUAAAUCUGAGAAAUAAAUAAGAGUAUCACUAACUAUAAAACUUGGAGGCUGAAUUAAGCUCCACAGCACUUAAGCCUCAUUAGAUCCAUUGUGUAUCCUCAAGUAGCUUCCUCUUAAACCAUCAGCCAGCCUAUUAUAAGAAAUAUUACUAGUAUUAAAAUAAAAAUGCAGAUUAUAUAAUAAUUGUGUUCUUUAUAUUUUGAUAUAAAUUUGAAAAAUACAAAAUCCAUGAUGAAAAUAAUGAUAAGUAUGUAGCAUGGAUGAGCAGUUGCAGCCAAUUAGAAUUGUUCCCAAAAUUUGGGUCAGUAGGGGUCUGCAUAAAUUUAUUUUGAACUCAGUACAAAUUUUUGCAUAUACCUAUAUUGAUAUAAUUAUUUUAUAAUUGCUUAUCAUUCCUUUAAUUUGGUAUCUAAAUAAUUGAUUGACAAACAAAAGUUAAAAUAUUUGUUUUGAAUUAUAAUAAGCUCAAGUACAAUAAUUUGUUUAAAAAAUGUAAUUUUCUUGUCAUGUUCCAGAAUUUUAAAUGAAUAAAUUUAAAUAAAAUCAGAUGGAAGGUGUUAAGCAAGUAAAAUGGCUCACAAAUAUGUACCUAUAAAACAUAUUGAGUACACUACAUUGUUACAAGCUAGGCAGUAGAAGAUAAGUAGUUCUGGACACUUCUUGUUGCAUUCUCCCAAUAACUGACACUAUUUUCAUAGACUUUCCAUAACGUUUCUACUAAUAAUUUAAUUAUUUAUAACAUUUACACCCUUUAACCAAACACUGAGUUUGCACUAGCCACAGUUCCAAACAAAUACAAAUUUAAAAAGCCCGUUAUUAUACAACAUAGUAAAAUAAUCACAGAUAAUAGAUAAAUCAACUAAUUAUAAAAUUUUAAUCAAAAAUCAUUUUUUAAAAAUAAAUUUUAAGGCGACUUUCCUCUUAUCUUAUCGUGUAGUAUAAAAAAUGCCCUUUUUUUAAAUUAAUAAUACUAAAUUGUAAAACGAUUUGAUCUGCGCAAUUAAAUUCUUUUUCGGAUGCGGCGGAAUUGACAUGUAGCCGGAAUAAAUAUUGAAAUGUAAACAGUAUGGCACGGCACGACAAUCGGGUUUAGGCCAUCUGGCAACGCUGGUACAUGCGCCAUUUAUUUUCUAACCAAUCAACUAUUUCAAUUUUUAAAUUUCGCAAUAGAUUACAUGGAGAUCAACAUGUGCAAUGCAUGACAAUAUAUUUUUUUUAUGUUUGUUAUAAACCAAAUUAAUACUUUUAUUACCUACCUGAAAGAUUGAAAAAUAUUCACUCUACAUCAUUUCAACAAACACGCUCUCAAAUGGGGAAACAAGACACCAACUAACAUGAUUUUUAACAGGCACAACGUGGCAUUAAAAAUUAUCUUUCCAUACAAAGUGAUAUCAAAGCUUAAGUAACUUAAAACCGUGAAUUAUAUUUAUCAACUUACAACAAUUAUGAUUGUUAUUAAACAUUUUUCCACUCAAGUCAUAUGAUGUAAUAAUACAUUCCAGUAGAAAAUACGUCACACUUCAGGUUUAAAAUGGAUUUUGCGGCACCAUACACGAUUUAACAGUCUUUUUAAAUAAGAUUCAAAAUAAUUUUAUCCCAAAAUCGAUAGAUAUUAACGAUACCAUAUGGAUUAAUAACUAACCAAUGCUGCAUAAGCAAUAAGCAGAGUGGGAUUGGUCCAGAAAUGUCAAAUAUGUCAAAAUAAACAAACCCCGGUCCACUAACCUUAAAAUUAAAAAAUGUCAAGAAUUUAGGUUUAUUUCUUCUGAUUAUUAUGACUUCUCACGGAAAAGUAGAGACUGAAAAACUCAAAGAAAACAUUGAAAACCAAUUGGACAGAUUAGUAGAACAACUACAGGAUUUAGAAAACUGCAAAGACGACUUAGAUAAAGAAGAGUAUGAAGAAACGAAAAAUGAAACUAUGGAGCAGUUAAAAGAGUUAAAUGAUAGUUUAAGUAAGCUAGUCAAGGGUGAUAUUUCUCUUAUUAGUACGCUAGGUGCAGUACAACUGGCUACACAAGCUGCUAUAUCAAAGGCAUUUAAAACACCUGAAGUUAUAAGACUCUUUGGAAGGAAGGAACCUAAACAGUUAAGAGAAAGGUUGUGUCUCAUUGAUGAAGAUGUUAAACUGAAUAAACUCAGUGUAGAAGCUAGGGAUAGGCAAAAGGCAGAAAUUUUGAUUGCAUUGAGGCAACUAAAUGAACAACUCACUACAGAGGAACUCAGGUUUUUGGAAAAACAUAACCAUAUAGCUAAGGCUUUUUUGGAAUAUAAUUUCAUUGAAGUAGAAGAUGACUAAUUUUGUAACUUACCCAUAAUAUGUCUAUACUUUUUUUUGUGCUGUGUCUACUUAUCAAGUAAUUUGAUAAAAAUAAAU